CAGUAGGGAGCUCCUUCACUGAGGCUGUUCCCAUCAGCUGGGGGACCUUCUCGCCCAAUGGCAUUGUGCUCUGGAGGGCCAGUGGAGCAGCCUUGGAGACUGUAAUGCUCCUGUUGCUAGAACUUUUGUUGACCAGUGCUGCCGACCUACAGAGUUUCACUCUCAGUCAUGAUGCUGCACCUGAUGUGGAUUGUGGUUUGGUUUGGUUUAGAACCAGCAGAUGAGCUUAAGAUAGCGUAGAUGUGGACAAAUAUCAGUUUUGGGAGCAUUUUGACUCGUCUUUCUUUACGGCGUGUAAACUGUGGCAUGUGCCUGGGAUUAGAACAUUUCACUGAGGAUUACGUUUUUAGCAGCACCCCAAUGGCAGUUUGCUUGGAGGAGAACUGGAAGGUCUGAAUGUUAAUCCUGCCUACUGCUUGGCCAGCGCACUCAGUCAACACGUCUGUGAAGUCGAUUUCAUGCACUGAGAGUUGACAGUGGCUUCUCGUUUCAGUAGCGCUGCUGCUAACCUCUGUGUGAGUGGGGGAAUGUUGCAGUUCAUCCAGAAGCAGAUUCAUGGUCACUUAGUGGAACGCAGGAUUCGCCGGACACGGCUCGUGACCAAGGAUGGCCACUGUAACAUUGAAUUUGGCAACGUUAAGUAUCACAGCCAUUUUGCUUACCUGAUGGACUUUUGGACCACCUUUGUUGAGAUCCGAUGGCGCUUUGUUAUAUUCUCCUUUGUCGCUGCUUUCACUGGAAGCUGGUUUGUCUUCGGCCUGCUGUGGUACUCGAUUGCAAAGAGCAACGGAGACUUGGAGGCAGUGGAGGGGGAGCAUUCUGCUGAUGGCCAUGCAAAGUGCAUAGACAACAUAAACGGUCUCACAACUGCCUUCCUUUACUCUUUAGAGACCCAGACAACCAUUGGAUACGGUGGACGAGCUCUGACUGGCCACUGCGCUGGCACAGUGGCCCUUCUUGUCAUCCAGUCGCUCGUGGGUGCCAUCAUAAACUGCUUCAUGUGCGGCCUGAUUUUGGCCAAAAUAUCUCUACCCAAAAAGCGAGCCAAGACGGUCACCUUCAGUGACACAGCGGUCAUCUGCUUGAAGAAAGGAAGCCUCUGCCUACAGAUUCGGGUGGCGAACCUGCGCAAGACCCUGCUCAUUGGCAGCCAGAUUUACGGGAAGCUGUUGAGGACCACCAUCUCGUCAGAUGGAGAACCCAUCAUCCUGGACCAGGUGAACAUUGACUUCCUGGUGGAUGCAGGCAAGGACAACCUCUUCUUUGUCUGCCCUUUGACGCUGUACCAUGUGAUCGACAGUUCCAGCCCCUUUGCAGAGAUGGCGGCAGACACCAUCCUGCAGCAGGAGUUCGAGCUGGUGGUCUUCCUAGAAGGGGUGGCUGAGUCCACCAGCUCGUCCUGCCAGGUGCGCACAUCUUUCAUCCCUAGUGAGAUUCAGUGGGGCUACAGCUUCCUGCCCAUCAUCUCUCGCACCAAAGGGGGCAAGUACCGGGUCGACUUCUCCAACUUCUCCAAGACUGUACCGGUGGUCACUCCACAUUGUGCCUGCUGCUAUCUGAAUGAACUGAACAGCAGUCUUAUACUUCACCAGCACGGUCAACAAGGCAUUGAUAACCUUGGAUUUGAUGUUAGUUCAAUUACCAUUGAAGAUUCGAUGGACAACACUCAAAUGUGAGACGGUUCAAUAGAAAUUCCAACCAGUUUUUUUUUUUUAAUCAUUCAUUAAAGAUGUAAACAAAGCUGGUCAGAGUGGUUUGGUGUCAAAUAGCCAUUCCAGAGAAACUCAGCGAGUCACAAUUUUGAACAGCCGCGGUAGGAAUUGGACAUCCAAAGUGUUUAAUGCCUCCAAAACAGGUGCCAGACAUUGUCCGGGGGGCUAGAUUGGUGGGGUCAA